AUGUCGAGAAGUUCUGAUUUGGAUGUUGUUUUUGGGUCUUCAUUGAAGCUCCGUUUCUCUGUUUCUUCUUCUUCAACUGCUCUCUGCAUGCAACAAUCCAUCUUCUGUGCACUCCAGAAGAGAACCCUCCUUUUUUCCCCAUUUUUUUCGAUGCGUUUGAGGCCCAAAAGGACUUGUUCUGGAGUAGAGAGUUUUGUGGGAUUUCACAUAAAGAGAUUAAAUCUGUUCUUGCUCUUGAGAGGGGUUUUGGAGUGGUUAAAGGGAAGAAAAAUUAUGUCACCAUUAGUUAAUCAAGAAACUUUAAGUAAAGAACCAGGAAACAUAGCAGAACCCACCAAACGAAUGAGGAGACUACGGAUAAUCUGCGAUGACCCUGAUGCGACCGACUCAUCCGAUGAUGAAGGAAUCAACAAGAAGAAGCUUAAACGAAUUGUUCAGGAAAUUUACUUUCCAAGGACGGACUUGUAUUGCUUACCUAAAACCCCUGAAACAGAGAGUUCAGUUCAGGAUAGCAACUAUGGUGAGAAAAACCGGAAGAAGAAGGUUUUAGCCAAAGUUGAAAGUAUGUCCCGGGUGGUGCGUCCCAGUUUAGGGAAAUACAGAGGCGUUCGACAGCGAAAAUGGGGCAAAUGGGCUGCAGAAAUAAGGGAUCCGUUUAAAGGCAGAAGGAUCUGGUUAGGUACUUUCAAUACUGCUGAAGAGGCAUCUCAGGCUUAUGAAAUGAAACGUCUUGAAUUCCAAUCUCUGGCUAAUAGAAUCAACUCAAUUGGGAAAAGUUCAAAUGAUUCUGAUAACAAUACUGACUUUUCUGUGGUGGUUUCUAAGGCUGAUCAGAAACAGAAUCAAAACAAUGCUGGUUUGAGCCUUUCUGAGGAAUCUAGUGGAAGUGUGGUCUCACUCACUUCACAUACGUCUCCAUCUUCAUUGCUGGAAUUGGAUUUUAUGACCUCAUCUGCGGGAAUCAAUGGCAAAAGUGACGACAAGAUGGCCAAUGAAGUUUGCUUGGAGGCUAAAGUUGAGCAGAAAGUGGCUUAUUCGGGACCAGUGGAGGAGGAAAUCUUAUCCUUGGCACAAUUUGCAGGGGGAAUGGACUUGGAUUUGUUACUCGAUUCCAUCCCUACAAAUGAUGAUUUCAUGCUCCCAAUGGACGACGUUACCAAUGGCUGUGACGACCUCCUAUUUGGUGGGUUCGAGGAUAGUGAUCAGCCUAUUGCAUUACCGGAUGUCGAUUUCGACUUCGACUUUGAGGUUUGCAAUGAAGCUUUCACGUUGAUGGACGAAGCACUCCUGAUGAAUGGGGCGGCGGCAGCAGCAGCAACAACGCUCAAUAUAGCAUGCCCAUAA